AUAUAGUUCAACGAACUAAGUCAAUGAGUCAUAAAGAUAUAUAAUAUUUUUUAUAUAAAAAAAGUAAAAAAAAAGAUAUAGAUAAAAAAGUAGACAAAUAAGACGUAUUAUUUUAUAUAGAGUAGUGAGGAAUUAUGGGACAAAAAAUACAUCCGCUUGGUUUCAGACUUGGUACAACUCAAAAUCAUGAUUCUAUUUGGUUUGCACAACCAAGAAAUUAUUCCGAGAAUCUAAAAGAAGAUAAAAUAAUACGAGAUUGUAUCAAGAAUUAUAUACAAAAAACCCCCGGUGUCGAGGGAAUUGGACGAAUAAAGAUUAAAAAAACAAUCGAUCAGAUUCAAGUCAUAAUCUAUAUGGUACUUCCAACGUUAUUAACGGAGGGUAAGCCUCGAAGAAUCGAAGAAUUACAGACUAAUGUACAAAAAAAACUUAAUUGUGUGACGCGAAAAAUUAACAUUACAAGUACAAGAAUUCCAAAUGCUUAUAGCGACCCUAAUAUUCUUGCAGAAUUUAUAGCUGGACAAUUAAAGAAUAGAAUUUCGUUUAGGAAAGCAAUCAAAAAAGCUAUUGAAUUAGCUGAACAGGCAGGUACAAAAGGAGUUCAAGUACAAAUUGCGGGACGUAUCGACGGAAAAGAAAUUGCACGUGUCGAAUGGAUUAGAGAAGGUAGGGUUCCUCUACAAACCAUUCGAGCUAAAAUUGAUUAUUGUUCCUAUCCAGUUCGAACUAUUUAUGGGGCACUUGAGCCCGCUUGGAUCACAUCUAGACAAAUAGAAGCAGGGCGACGGGCAAUGUCACGAAAUGUUCGCCGAGGUGGGAAAAUAUGGGUACGCAUAUUUCCAGACAAACCUGUUACAGUAAGACCUACCGAAACGCGUAUGGGUUCGGGAAAAGGAUCUCCCGAAUAUUGGGUAGCUGUCGUUAAACCCGCCGAUAAUAGCGGAGCCCGCGAAUUGAUGUGUAUUCGAAUCAUAGGAGCUAGUAAUCGACGGUAUGCUUAUAUUGGUGACAUUGUUGUUGCUGUAAUCAAAAAAGCAGUACCAAAUUCAUCUUUAGAAAGAUCUGAAGUGAUCAGGGCUGUAAUUGUACGUACUUGUAAAGAACUAAAACGUAGUAAUGGUAUAAUAAUAAAGUAUGAUGAUAAUGCGGCGGUUCUCAUUGAUAAAGAAGGAAAUCCAAAAGGAACUCGAAUUUUUUCCGCAAUAGCCCGAGAAUUGAGACAGUUAAAUUUCACUAAAAUAGUUUCAUUAGCACCCGAGGUAUUAUAAUACGAGAUCGUGAUAUAGAUAUAUUAUUUAGGACUGGAAUGAAUAGGAAGGAAAUCUAUUUGAAUAUAUAUUUGAAUAGAAGUGAAAUAGAGUCCUAAAUAUAUUAGAUCUCACAUAUAUACCUUAUAUACUUGUGUAAUCAUUAUUCUAUAAUUAUGAAUAUUUAUAUUAAGAUUAUUACAUAAAUAUGAAAAGUAUACAUAUCGAUAAGUUAUUAGAAAUAGUAAGUCAUUAUAUUAAUUAAUAAAUAUUUUUAAAACGAAAUAAUAAUAAUAGAUGAAAAAAAAAAAAGAAAAAGGAAUGAAAUCUAUAUAUAUAUUGAAUAUAUAUAUAGAUAUAGAUAGAUUCAAAAUACAAAUUCGAAUUCAGAAUUCUAUUUGUAUUUUUUUUUUAUACUUUAUACAAAAUACAAAUAGAAUUCUGAAUUCGAUAUAAUAUUAUCUAUCUAGUUUAUAAUUUAUAAUAGGUCAUUCAUUCAUUUUCUUUCUAUCUUUUUUUAGUUUUAGAAUAUUCUAUAUUAUAGAUUUACAUUAUACUGAUUAGACUAAUUAGAAUUUUCUAUCUAUAUAUAGUAUUAUUAUAUUCUCAUAUUCAAUAUAUGAUAUUUUAUUGAAUCAAAAAAAAAAAAAAAAACAAAAAACAGGAGCACGUUUAUUAUAUCGAAAGUAAGGAGCAAUAAUCUAUCGUGGGUAAAGAUACUAUCGCUGAUAUGCUAACUUUGAUACGCAAUGCUGACAUGAAUCGAAAAAGAACGGUUCAAAUACCACUUACUAAUAUCACCGAAAACAUUGUGAAAAUACUUUUACGAGAGGGUUUUGUUGAAAACGUUAGAAAACAUGGAGAAAGCAACAAAUACUUUUUAGUUUUAACUCUACGGUAUAGAAGAAAUAGGAAAGAAUCGUAUAAAACUUUUUUAAAUUUAAAAAGGAUCAGUACACCUGGUCUACGAAUCUAUUCUAACUAUCAACAAAUUCCGAGAGUUUUAGGAGGAAUGGGGAUUGUAAUUCUUUCUACUUCUAGGGGUAUAAUGACAGAUCGAGAGGCUCGAUUAGAAAGAAUCGGCGGCGAAGUUUUAUGUUAUAUAUGGUAAUGGUAAAUUUGCCGAUAUCCGAUUUCUAUGAAAAAAUUAUAUACAUUAUUGUAAAUGGAGUAGAGAAAAAAUGGAUUUCUACUAUGUACUCCUGAUACCUUAGUGAAUGUGUGAAGAGGAUUUAACUAGAAUAGAAAUAAAAAUUCAUGAAGAUUAAAUUACUGAAUAACUUCUGAGGGUAUGUUCCAUGUUAGAGAAAUAGAAUUUAAAUAAAAUUCUAGGCUAUGUUUACAAAAAAAUUGAACGUACUUAAUGUAU